AUGAGCGAUGCCCUGCCGCCCGAGAAGGCGCUGCCGGAGCUGUCGCCGAGCGUCCGGCCGAGAAGCUUCCGCCGAAAGGUGCGGUUGCGAGAAGACAGCACACCGGAACGCCGGCCCGGCAACCAGCUGCCCGUUACCCCUGCGACGAACUCUCCUGCUGCUGUGGAACGAGCCCCGCUUACAGCCUGGAACCCUGUGGUACCCGAGGUCUCUGCUGCAGAGCGAGCUGCGGCUUGCCGUGAGAUCGGCCUCUUCCUGAGGCGCGCCGUCAGUGGCCAGCACCGGGGUGCGAGCGGGAGAGAUCGGUUAAGCCAGCAGUCUAGGCUGUGGUUGGUGGUGCGAGACUUCGACGGUGAGGGACUCCGUCUUCGUGGGAUUGCCUGCGCGAAGGGACGUGAUUGCGGGUGUGUGCUGCCGGCGACUUCCAGUUGCCAGCUUCUUGGUGAGAUGGAGGAAGAAACUGCAGACCAGGACGGUGACCCUUUGAAUGCCAGGGACGCCGCUGCAGUAGGAGACGGCUUCUUAGAUCAACUAUGUCCCCUCCUCGUGCUGCCUUGUGGGGAGGAUGCAAACGGAGCGCCUGUGACAGUGCAAGCCUUGUGUGUGGGGGACGUCGGCGGCCGGCUGCUGGUUGCCCUUCCUGCUGCAGCGUGGCACCGCACUAUCGCCCGACGAGCUGUCCCAAAGGGGUUCAUCAGCCGAGUUUUCGGCGCCGAGGUUGCUGUGUGUUCCCGGAAAGACAGGGCCUCCGAGAUCCCUGGCCAAACCAUUCGUAUAUGGCUCGGCUUCUGCGAGAGCUCGGCCGAGGAUACCCUAGAGGUCUCGGACGAGGACGUGACUGUACCCUUUGGUCUACUUCCCUCCGACAAGCCGCUUUUGCCCUUGGUCGACUCGUUGGCCGAGAUUUGGCAGGUUCAGGUUGCACAGGCUACCGUGGCGACUCUGGCUGCCAGCCUUUCGGGGCCCGACCCUGCAAAAGCCGUGCCCAGCUCUCAUGCCCAACCGCAGUUGGGGCUCCGACGGGCACCCAAAGCCGCCGCACCCAAGCCGGAGGCGGUUGUCGACGCCAACGCUGGGGUUUAUCCGGGGUUAGACAAAGGGGUUGUUGCAGCAGCGCUGGCGGCCGGCGUCCAUUCGCAAGCUUUGCAAGAGAUGAGUCGGCUCGUCAGUGCCCCGGGACCGAUGGGAAGGUUGAAACCGGAGCCGAAGCCGGCCCUGGUCGAUGCGAGGCGAGACCCUUUGGAAGAGUCGGAGGACGAAGCACAGGCGGCAAACGAGCCGCAGGGAGCAGAGCACCCCGCAGGUGCUGGGUCGGGUCAGGCUUUGACUUCAAGCAGUUUCGCCGAAGCCCUUGCCUCCGCACUUGUAAAAUGCCUGGACACUUUUCAGUCCCCCGGCUCUCAGAAGAAGGGCGCCUUGGAAAGAGCCCUCGAUGCUACCGGCGGUGGGUCUCUCGACACCUCCUUGGGCGGGGGCAGAAGAAACUCUGCUGCCAGGCGCUUGCUCCGAGAAGCGCUGACUUCGUCUCCUCACGAGAUAUCGGCUAUCAUAGAGAAUCUCAUGGCGGAGGACUUGAGUGCCUCCACGCCGGGCAUUGCCAUCCCGCCUCUGACGAGCAGCCGUGCGUGGCUGGAGCACAGGAGCAAAGUGCAAGCCUUUCCGACCGUGGUUCACUUAGCAUGGGCAAUAGCCGGAGCUUUGGACUGCUUGCGGAACGGCCAGACCUCGCAGGCGAGAGCUCGGUUGAACGUUGCUCUGCUGCAAGCAGACCAGACCUCAGUGGACAAAGGAAACUGGCUACUCAGUCAAGAAUUAUCGCUGGAGCCGGCACCUCCGAUGGCCUCGUUCCGGCGUCACGAGGCGGGACAGUCCUCGAUAGAGGGGGUUUACAGCAAGCUGCUAGAUCCGCGGUGGGCAGAGAUUGCCUUGUCGCGGCUUCGAGACGAGGGAUGCGACAGAGCCUUGGACCGAUGCCCCGCAGCCCCCGCGAAAGCCUCCUCGAAAGCCUCAGCCAAAAGCAGAUGCAUGAAACCGGAAGCCGGACGGCGAGCGCCUGGGGCUGAUGCUCCCCCCCUCGCCUUGCCCGCUUUGUGGAAUUCGCUGCCCCGGAAACUUUUGAAGAGCUCCGGGCCUUUCUCCUCUUUUCUUCGGUCUUCGCUUCGCUCGGGGGCUCAAUUUGCCUCCACGCCCUACACCUGGCCUUGUCCCAUGCCUUUUCCCGAAGCCUUCGCGGGCCGACCCGCACCGGGACUUUGGAAGAAAAGCCUUCUCAACCUUACGGUGGCGCAACUUAGCUACCUUUACCUCGGCUGCCCUGUUGACUGCCCUUCUUCGGUGCUCCUCGGCGUGCCCCUUAACCGGAGGCAGUGGAAAGCCGUGCGGGGCUUACGGCACUUGGUGUUCGGCAGCUUUUUUCCCUUGCGCUACGAGCCCUCUGACUACGGGCGAAUAGGUCACAAGGUGGAAGGUCAGGACAAGGUCUUGCAGGCGCUCGGCCGGGCAGCCGCCUCAGUGUGUCACAGCUUGGGUGGCUACUUGCCGCGCUCCGUUGUGUCCGCUCCUGGCCCCUUUUCACCUACGCCACCUGCCGACGUCGUCGGCCUUUUGCCUGGCAAACCUGACGUGGCUGCUUUGCCUAUCACGGCCGCCCGUGUGAAGCUACCGGAGUUCUUCUUGGAGCCCCUACGCCAUGCACGAAUCCCUCAACCGGGUGUCGACAAGCCACCUUUCGUGAAGAUUUUGGCCGACUCCACCCAAAAGCUUCAGCUUCUCCAGAACCUCGCCAGGUCUGGCCGCCUCGAACCUUUGACUUCGGUGCCGCCUGAGCGUCUUGACUGGGGCGCGGGCCUUUUCUGUGUGGCCAAAAGUGAAACCAAGGAUCGUCUGAUUUUAGAUGCGCGUCCUGCUAACGCCCUCGAGGAUUUUCCCGGCCGCUGGGUCCAUACUCUUGCAUCUGCAGCCUGUCUCGGCGGGAUCAUCUUAAAGGAGGGCGAGGUUCUUCUCAUGGCUGGCACUGAUUUGGUGGACUGCUUUUACCAAUUUCGUGUUCCGCCUCAGCGUGCCACCAGGAAUCUGCUUGCCUGUGCCCUCACCACGAGUGAGGCUGCGUUCGUUUUCGAGCGCCCCGCUUCUGACUUUGGAGCUCCGGGCGCUGUGGUGCAUUGCGGCCUUUCGUCGCUCGCAAUGGGCGACUCUUCGGCUUGCGAGUUCGCUCAAUGCAGCCACCUUGGUGUUUUGCUCCAAGGCCGAGCUUUGCAGGUGGGAGAGUUGAUGGUCCAGGCUCAGGCGCCUCCUAGGGGGCUUCUUUCAGUUGGCUUGGUCAUUGACGACCUCAUCAUAUUGCAGCGCUGCCUUGCUGAGCAAUUGCCGAAGUUUUCUGCAAAGCCUGGGACCUCUGCAGGCUCCCGCCGCUUGAGAGCAGCUCUUGAAGCUUAUGACCUGGCCCACUUGCGGUACUCACCCGAGAAGACCUUUGAAGACAAGACGCAAGCCUCGUUUUGGGGGGUCGACUGCUGUGGCGUUUCAGGGUUGGUGAGGCCAAAUUAUCCUUCGAGAUUUUGGCCGCUAGUGCUGAUUACCACUCGUGUCAUUCAGCUCGGCCUUGCCACCCGGUCGCUCCUCGAGUCUCUGGUCGGCUCUUGGGUUUCGGUCUUUAUGGUCCGGCGGCGGCUCCUCAGCUUGGUGAACCUGUGCUUCCAAGUGCUUCGCGAAGGGUCUCCUCAGGCCAUCCUGCGACUCAGCCCCGAGCUAAAAGCUGAACUUGCUUCGUUUGUUUGCCUGGGGCACCUGGCUGUGGUUGAUUUGCGGGCCCCGGUCCUGCCCAUAAUCAUCGCCACCGAUGCGUCCAGCACUUGGCAGGCUGCUGUUGAAGCCCGUGUGGCACCGGAGGUGACAGAGGAGCUCUGGCGGCAUACCGUGCAGCGUGGCUCCUGGACACGUCUUUUGUCACCGCAGGCCGCCUACCUUAAACAACGAUGCCUUCUUGAGUCUGCUGAUGAGCUGCCGGGGGAGGUGAGCUACUCCGCUCAUCCUUUGGCUGAGGCCGCUGCGCGAGUGCCUGCUUACAGGUGCCUGUGGAGGCGCGAGUACCGCAAUCGGGUGCACAUCAAUGUGGCCGAGUUGGGUGCCUAUUUGCGCGAAGAAGCGAGAGUGGCCGGACGAUAUGUUGCAUCCAGACCCUUGUUUGCUCUUGACUCGCAGGUGAGUCUGGGAUGUUUGUGCAAGGGCAGGUCCUCCUCAGGUGUGUUAAACCGCAUGCUGGCAGCUUCUCUUGCACCGCUGCUGAGCUCACGGGUCUUUCCGGGGCAUCUCUUUUUCCCCUCAUCCCUGAAUCCUGCCGAUGAUCCCACGAGGCAUCUCAGUGUAAGACCACCUUCCUGCCCAAAGCCUGCGUGGUGGGUUGCGUUAGAGGCCGGGGAUGCUACGCUGCUUGAGGCCUUCCUUGCUGAGCACGACGGGGCCCCUGACUCCAAUACUGGAUGCCGUGGCAAGAUUGUGCCUCCCGAGAGCGAUCGCGAAGCUGACUUUAAACAGUCGGACCUUUUGGAGUUGGGCGGUUCGCGGCCCAUCGUCACUCCAACUGCGAACGCGGGCUGA